UGACUGCAAACCAAGACAUACAGCUAAAUGUGUUCUGACAUAUGGAAUGCUGUUUGCGAUGGGUCCAUUUAUGCCACAUGAGAGGAAAAUAGAAUUUUGUGACAAGUAUGGAACUGUGAUGGGCUCAUGCUCACAGUGGGAUAGCUGCUCAUCUGAACAUGUGACUGUCUUACAGAAUUUCUUCGACGACCUGCACGAAAAAUCUGACAUGUGCCAGGAACCAGAAGAACCUGAGUGGCCAUGUGACUGGGAGAUGUGUUUUGAGCAAGUUUUACCAUUUAUGAAUUCUCUUGCUAAAGAUGGAGAAUGCUGUCACAUUGAAAGAACUACAGGCUGUGUACUUAAAAUGUUACCAGAAUGUGACAACAGCCAGAAAUCUGCCAUUGCAAGUUCAUUAAAGACAUUGCGAGGUGUUAUACCAAAUGACAUGUGCGUUGAGGACCUCUCAAAAGUUGUGUGCGAGGCAGAAAAGAAAAAGCAAGUGUGUGAUUUAGACAAAGCAGCUGAUUGUGAUUAUAUUGCAGAAGAGUUUGAUAACAGUGACAAGAAAUGCUUAGGGAAUAAAAAUCAGAAAGCAUGUGUAAUGUAUUAUGCGAGCAUGUGUGACGAGUCCGAAAACAAGACAGAACUAAUGGACGCAUUAGGUGCACUAAACGACUGCCCAGCAGAAACAGAAAUUAAAGCUGACUUUGAUCCAAACCCAUGUGAUUAUGAAUGGAAUACGUGUGACUUAACAAAGGCUGCUGCUACUAGUAUGGAGUUCAUAUAUGGAGAUAAUCCUGAGGAUUGCAUGGCUGCUGGUGAUGUCAAAAACAACAUUCAGGAGGAUGUAUAUGGCUGCUUGACUCCUCCGUACACUGUAGUUGAAGCAGGCUUUCUGGCUGGAACCACUUGUGUUGAAUCUAUGACUGUGGAAAUGCCUGACCAUCCCUGGAGUGCAUGCAUUAAAGACAUCAUGACAGAUUUCACUUUGGAGACAAUGUGUACAAGCUUCAAGGCCCUACUGCAGUGUGUCAUGACAAAAGCAGCUUCACCCAUUGACAAUCGCAUGAUGGCUGCACAUAUUGAGAAAUUGAGAGUUUUAAAUGAAACAUGCCAAAAACCAGAAGAGGUUAUUCCAACUGAAGAUGGGUGUUCACCAGCAUUUGCAGCCAAAUGUAUUCUGACCCAUGGAAUGCUAUUUACAUUUGCUCCAUACCUGCCAGUUGACAGGAAACAAGCUAUCUGUCAGGAUUAUAGUACACAGAUGGACACGUGUAUGACAACAUAUGAUAGCUGUUCCUCUACUCAUGUGGCAGCUGUGAAAGACUUAUUUGACAAAAUGAGGGAUGAAUCAGACAUGUGUGACACACCUGAAGAGCUUGAGUGCCCCAAGGACCCAGAGGAACCUGAGACGCCAAAGUGUGACCCGGAAAUGGCCAUGACUAUUGUCUCAGAGCUUGGCAUGUCAUUGUCAAAAUGUAUAUCGUCAAAGAAAUUGAAAAAUGAAGUUUGCAGGUCAGUAAGUUUUGUGAGGAUGCGUGUUAUUGCAGCAGUGAAGGACUGUCAUGAUUUGAUACGGCAUAAGGUCUUAGCAUCCUGGACAUCAUUGAUGGAAGUUGUUGACAGUAUCUGUGAAGGCAAGAAGCCCGAUGGAGACCUCCCAGACAUAGAUAUGACACCACUUUGUAUCAGGGAAGACUAUACAAACACUAGAGGCAAGUGUGAGCCUGGUGUAGCACUGGCAUGUUUAGCUAGGCUAGAACAGGCAGUAUUUGAACCACAAGGAACAGAAGAAAGAUUCUGUGUCUUAAUGAGGUAUGCAACAAAGUGCUUUAUAGACCACACAACUAACUGUGAUCCAUUUAUUGGACUGACUGUUAAUCCACUGAUGCAGAGAACACUGGAUAACUUCAUUGGCCGGUGCCCCAACACUUGGUGCCCGUACGAGGAAGAGCCCGAGAUGUGUGAUAUUGAGGCUGCCUAUAACUGCAUCAAAACACUGAAGAUUAGUAUACAGGAAGACAGACAUAAGUCUUGCAGAAUGGUAGAAGAAACUAAAUCUUGCAUUGCCAAGGUAACCAUUGACUGUACAGCGAAUUAUGGAUUGUUGGUCUCACAGAUGUACAAACAAGUUGCACAUUUGUCAUCCAUUGCCUGCGUUGUUGAAAAGCCUGAUGUAGACUCUAAGGCAUGCAUCCGACAUUACAGGGAAUUAGGACUCAAACUACGCAUGGUUGGCCAUCCCAGUGAAGGGGAAGGAGACAGCGAUGAUAGCGAUGAUGAUGAGGAAGGAGGCAACAGUAGGAGUGAAGAUGAUGAUGACAAUGAUGACAGUGCAACUGCAACAGCCACAAAAAGUGGUGGAUCUAAAUCUAAGUCAAAAAGCAAAUCUAAAAGCAAAAGUAAAGACACUGGUUCUGGCAAAGCUAGCAAAGAAAAAUCAGGUAGCAAAGCUAAAUCUAGCAAAGAAAAAUCAGCUAGCAAAGAAAAAUCUAGCAAAGAAAAAUCAGUUAACAAAGAAAAAUCUAGCAAAGAAAAAUCUGGCAAAGCUAAAUCUAACAAUGGAGAUGGAACAGGAAGUAAACAGUCCAAGUCCAAGAAGAGUGCAAAAAGUAAACCUGGAUCAAAAUCUAGUGACCGAGGCAGCUGGACCAAUGAGGAGAGCACAGAAUAUAAGAACACUGUAAUGGGAAUUUGUCGUGAACUAGAAGUUGCUUGGGGAUGUGUGGAGGCUAGCCUUGAUACCCUCACCUUGAAGAGAAAGACAGUGGUCUCAAAGAUGAUCAAAGGAAUAAAAGAGACGAUGGCAGAGAAAUGUAAACCCAUGCACUGUUACACAUGCAAUUAUCUAGAAGAUAAUGAGGUUUGUAACCAUCAGCCAACUUUUGCCUGUCCAACUCAUCAACCGAUGUGUAUGAGCAAGUAUGAAGAGGGUAUGUACUACAAAGGUUGUGCUACCAGCAACGACUGUGACGAGUGUCGGGGAAAGGAAAAUUGUUAUUGUUGCAAUGGUAACAAAUGUAAUGAAGAAGGAACUGUUGACGAACCAGAAAAGUGUGAUGUGGGGAUGGCCAUAGACUGUGCUUUUGACUUGAUCUUUAUCUCCAUGGAAACAGAUAACAUGCAAAUAAGCCUCAUUCAGGGCAAUUUACAGUGCAUUAUUGAGCACACAAAGGGUUGUAAGACAAAACAGUACCACUUGCUCUACACUAUAUGCAUUGAGAUAGAGACCCUGUUUGAACUUGGCACCUGUGUCAGUAACUACGGAGAUCCCCUGUGUGGAACAGUUGGCAUUCUCUCUCUUAAUUAUCUCAUGGUCAGUGAUUACAGAGAGUAUUCAUACCACUCUGUUUGCAGGCAAUAUGAAGCCACUUCCGUCAUGGUAACUGACAUCGUUGAAGAAGAGGAAACAUGCACUGCGAUGCAACUUGAGGAACUGCAGACGGCUUUCACAUUUGCCCAACACCAACUGUCGGGAAUGUGUAUAGCCAAUGUGGACCCUCCACCUAUUUGUGAUAGGGAAAAGGUACUAGAAGACUGUCUCCGCGAUAAAACUUGGUUAGUGGCAGAUGCUAGUGAAUGCAGUCCGGCAAUGUUAGGUGCCUUUAUGAAUUGCUGCAUUGAUCUAACAAGUGGUUGUAAUUCUGCGGAGAGAAUUACCCUGUUUAUUCCAGUUAACCAGUUCUUUGAACUGUUGCCCAGCAACUGUGACGAGGAUCAUGAAUAUGAUCAGGAUGCAUUGAUGGCAGAGAUAUUUGUUCGGGAUGAGCUGUCGGUAGUUACGAGCGCAUACUUAACUUUCAUUGAGUCUAUAAAAGAAUCUCUUAUCUACGGCUCUCUUAGCUUCAUAGAGGACAUGUGCAAAUUUGCUGGUGAUCUGAAGUCUGCCUUGUCAGAUACUGAGUCCAAUCCAUUGCUGUCUGCCUAUGGUGCAAACAGUGCUGAUGCAAUAGUUCAACAGUUACAAGAUUUAUGUGUUGAUACCACUGUGACAGAUGAAGAUGUUGAAAAGGAAUGUGUUGGAAAGAAGCUAGAUGUUAUGUUGGUGUUAGAUUCAUCUGGUAGCAUUGGACCCAAAAAUUUUGAACUGGUGAGACAAUUUGCCUACGAUGCAAUACGCCUGGCUGAUUUGGAAAGUGGCAGUGUACGUAUGGGUUUGGUACAGUUUGCAACAGAGGCAUCAAAGUUGUUUGGACUGGGAGACCAUGCAGAAGAUAUUGACGGAGUAAAAGUCCAGGACAAAGAAGCAUUGCAGAAUAUUGUUAUGAAUAUGAAUUUUACAAAAGGGUCAACUAAUACAGCUGCGGCUAUAAAACUGGCAAGGACGGAACUUCUGGAUAAUGGAAGAAAAGAUAUUCCAAAAUACAUUCUCAUUUUUACAGAUGGGAAACCUUCUGUUGAUGGAACUGAGGCUGAAGCACAGGCUACUAUGACUUUAGGAAUUUCCAACUUUGUUGUAGCAGUAGCCAUUGAAGACAAGGACCAAAUAGAAGAAAUAAACAAGAUUGCAGCAAAAUCAAACAUAUUGUAUUUAGAGGAGUUUACACAGCUACAGGAAUUCUAUAGGAAGAUCUUCAAACGCUUCUGUCAAGAGAGUACAAAAAGUGAAUGUGACUUUGAAGAAAUAGUGUACCAGUCAUGUACUGCAUUAAUGUACUCCAUGACCUCGUCUUAUAGCAGUAUUGGCCAGACUUCAUCUGUCUGCCGUAAAAUCGACAGUAUUUAUGAGUCAGUAACAGCAUUGACUGCUACAUGUGCCAGUUAUCAGCAGAGCGCUAUACAGCUCAUUGAGUCGCUGUACAUAGCCCAGUCACGUGAGACUUGCCUCCACUAUCGCAAAGAUGAGUUUAACCCGACAUGUGACAUUUCGAUGGCAAAGCUGUGUGUUUCAGACAUGGCACAGUUCCUACGUUCUGCACGUCUUGCUGAGGAUUCUGUUUGCAGCAAAUUGUCAACCACAGUUGCUUGUUUGAAUCACUAUGCCCCGGAUUGUGAAAACAAGGAUGACAUUAUGAAAGAAAUAGACUUCUCUCUUUCAAUUUUGAUGAAUAGAUGUCCAGAUCAGCUUGUUUCAUUUCGUUGCUGGGCAACAGGAGAGUUACCAGAGAACAAACCCGAGACACCAACAGACAGUGACAGUUGUGGUUUAGCUGCCAUUGUAAAAGAAUGCACAAAGGACAUUGAUUGGUCCAGUGUUAAUAUAUUUAGCACUAACCCAUGCAGCUCUCUUAGUGGAAUGGCUAAAUCAGCAUUUGAUUGUGCAUUUACCAAGUUUACAGAAAAGAAAUGUAAUGCUGGUCUCAUCGGUGAUUUAAUGGACUUCUUCUUGGGAGAUGAAAGUACGAUAAGGCAGUUCUUAAGCUUUGGUGGAGUUUGCACUCCCGUAGAGGAAUUUGACUAUACCUUUCCUGAUGGAUAUGGUGUCACUGAGGCAAGGCCAUGUGAGGUGAUGCCAGCUUGCAAUUUAACAGCAGCUAACAUGUGCGUUGAAAACUUACAACAGCUAGGGGAUGGAUGCAGAAACUGGCCAGAAGUUGAGUCAUGCUUUACUGCCAUUAUUGCUGAGUGCAGUCCCCGAGACAAGGUGGUUUUCCGGAAAGAUAUGGCAGCAUUUGCUAUCAGCAUGGGGAUUUCCAGAGAUUGUUUGUCAGAUAUUGACAUACCUGAAGAAGGUUGCCAUAUUCAGUUGGACACAGAAAACAACUGUGAUAUGUUCACCGGUUACUUGGACUGUUUAGCGCAAAUUGAGGCACCAGAAUUUGAGAUAGAAACCCAUAGCCGUAUCAGUGAUGUAUUCACUGGUGUACUGAGCGGAUACUGUUCAGAAGAACCAGUGGUAGAAGAUCCUGAUGAAAGCUGUACUGUGACCCAGGAUGAAAUACAGUGUGUUGACGAUUAUGUAUAUGAGGUGACAAAUGCCCUUUAUCUGUCUCAUAGUGGAAAAGAACGGCUUUGUCUGACGUAUAGAGUUAGUGAACUUGGCUGUUUCUCACGAAGACCAACAUGUUCUCCGUCUCAACCAGCUGGACGUCUAUGGGAAAGAUAUCGUAUUGCAAAAGUUUACCUUCACCUCAGCGAUGUUUGUAGACCGAAACCCUUUAUAUGCUCUACACAGUCCGCCUUGGCAUGCAUCACAGACUUGAGUGUAGCUAUAACAAGUUACGACUACCACAAGGGAGAUACAUCAGUAGUCUGCAGCCAGUUGGAACGUACCCGAUCAUGCUUGCGACUUGCGCUGACAGCUUGUGACUCCAACCAGAAAGCGUCUAUCAUGUCAACAUUUAAAGAUGUGGAGUGCCUUGCGAAAGAUAUCUGCACAUCUGAUCAGUGGGAAAAACAAGAUCCAGAUGGAAAACCAGCUGAAUGUUUCGAUUAUGCCCUCAUUGCCGAGGACGCUCCAUGCAGACCAAUGCGGGCAUUGGAAUAUGUCAGCAAUUUUGAAUGGGUGGCCAAGGAUCCGUUUGCGAUAAAUCAAAAAGCAGCCAACCUAGCAUAUUCUGACAUGCUGUCCGGUGUUUACACGGACACGUAUAAAUGUGGCCCUGCAACAAUAGGUCUUUCUGUACACUACCUUAAUAUGAUCAUGAAAAAGUACCAGGAUUGGAAUUUCCCAACAGUGAUCAGAUCGCCAUGUGAGGAAGUACAAGACUGUAAACUGACUGUGGCUGAGGCAUGUAUUAAAGCCUUCACUAAGAACUUGGACACAUACAGAGAGGAUGGCACUGUCUGUCAGUAUAUAGAGGAAGUUGAAGUUUGCAUCAAGAACAGUAAGGACUCCUGCUCUGAUGCGGCCAUCAUAGAAAUUGAUGCCAUGUAUAAGAAGAUGGUGGAUGAAGCAGAUACUACAUGUACUGAAGAUUUCCUUAGUUGUGCCAGCAAAUACAUUAACUAUGUUAACAAGAUACUGACAUGGAAGUCCUGCAUUCCUGAAGAAACCGAGGAAACUGAGACAGAGACAGCGGCAUCAAAGUCAAAAGAGAAAUCCAAAUCUAAAGCUACAGAAAAAUCUAAAGCUACUGAAAAAUCUAAAGCUACAGAAAAAUCUAAAGCUACUGAAAAAUCUAAAGCUACUGAAAAAUCUAAAUCAAAAGCUAAAUCUGAAAAAAAGAGUAGAAGACGAAGAUCUGAAAAAUCUACUAAGUCCAAGUCCAAGUCCGAUACAAAGGCUAAAAGUACCAAGUCUGCAAAAGAGGUUUCAAAAGCACAGGAAACUAGGCCUGAUGAUACUACUCGCCUUGUUGAAUUAAAGAGGAUGUGUGCGGUGUUCAUUAAAGCCUGGACAUGUGUAGAGGGUGGAUGGGAUUCUCUUGAUAUCAAUGUCCGUGCCGUAGUUGAGAAAACGUUUUCUGCAUAUCAUAACUCUGUCAUGGAUAUCUGUAAUGGACAUAAGCCUGGCUAUUGUAAUAAGGGAGGUUACAGAGAAGGUAUGGAAGGCUGUCAGACGGACUUAGAAUGUAACCUUGACCAGAAAUGCUGCAACUUGGGUGAAACAACUGCGUGUGUUAAACCCAAAGACUUAAGUCAAGACUGCUGUGAAAAGUUCCAAAUUACAUCUAAGAUAGUUCUUAAGAUGGUGAAGACCCUCUAUACUCUUGUGGACAAUGAUUACGGUCAGGAAUUCUGCAAAUUGUAUUCAGAAUCAAGUGUAACUGUUACAGCUUCUUUGAGUCUUUCAUGUCCUGGUCAGUACUUUAGAAGUUUGAAAGUAUCUUGGGAAGCAGUCAUUCUAGCCUAUGAGAAGUACUGUCUUGUCACACCUCCGCCUCCAACUGUCUGUGAUUCAGAUGCAGCACAAGCAUGUAUCAGUGUUUAUAAUGAAAAAGAUGCUGGGGCUGACAAUAAUGAAAAAUGCACGUAUUAUGCAGAGUUGGAGUUCUGCAUUUCACCUAUUCUUCGAGAAUGUGAUAAUAAAACAGAAGACGACUUGAUUAUCAUUACUAGUAUGCAAACACAGAUGACGAAAAUAAAGGAAUCACUGGUUUGUGUAGAAAUACCAGAAGUUGAGUUGUCUAACACAUGUGAUUCAACCAUUGUAAUCAAAGAGGGACAGUUACCAGGUGAAACGAUUGAAAUAAGUCUGGCCGAAAAUCCAGCAGAAUCAUGUCCUGAAGGCAAGGUCUGUGAGGUUCGUGUGGAGAAUAGGUUGACACAGCCCGAGAACAAGAUGCCCAAGUGUUCUAAUGGUAAAUCAAUUAAUCAAGUAAUAAUCGGCAAUGACUGUGACAUGGUGUUUACAAGUGAAAACUGGGAUCAGCCACAGAAGCUGACCAUGUUUGCUAGGUUAGAUUUCAAGAAAGAUGAUGACUACAAAGCCAGAUUAAAUGUAUUUGCACAUUUGUAUGUGGAUGGUGUCAAAGUUCAGACAAAACCAGUUCAAAAAUGUGUUAUCCUGGUUCGGGAUGAAGACACUGAUAAUAUGUGUAUGAGUAUCAAUGAUCCACAUAUUACAACAUUUGACGGCUUGAAAUACGACAAUAUGAACAAGGGAGAGUUUGUGUUGUAUCGUCAUACAACUUUGCCUUAUGAGGUACGAGCAUUGGUUACAGCAUGUAAAUGGAAAAGCACAAAGGCGUCCUGUAACUGCGGUGUAAGUGUAAAAGCCGGUGACGAUGUUUUCCUUCUCAGCAGAUGUAAUGGCAAAACAACGGAAACUCUGUUUUUGAAUGAACCUCUAACCAAGGAUUUCAAAAUGUAUAAAGGAGAAGAUAACAAGGCCUACACAAUCAUCCUUCCCAAUGGUUUGAAAGUGGAUAUUAGAUUUGACAAGAGUCAGUCUCUUAAAGCUAGAAAAAGCAAAUUGAUCAACAUAUACAUCCGUCCAUCUCCAGCUGACUUUGGACAAACAAGAGGUAUGUGUGGUACAUAUGAUGGAAAUCCUGAUAAUGACAUGAUUGAUGUUGAUGGCAAUGUUUUGGCCGGUAUAGACAUAGAAGAUUACACUCAAUCAUGGGCAGAGGUCUGGAAAGCGACAUCAGACUAUCAGUUCCUUGGAGUUCAAUCAGACCCAUCCUUAAUAGAGAUUGAGAGCUCAUGUACAUCUACAGACCAACAGUGUUCCUGUAAUCUUGAUGAUCUAGUUGAAAACUGCGAAAUCAGCUUUGAGACAGACCUCUCACUCGAUGCUACAAUAGUACAGACAGGCAAUAGAAGGCGUAAAAGAGCAGUUGGAGAUCCCUUCGCUGACUUGGGAAUUGAGAAUGUAAAUGAACCGGUUGAACUGGCCGUAUUCCCAACAGACAGUGGAAUUACAGCUGCGGAGGCAAAUGAAACGUGUUACAAUGCCUUGACUGGUGCAGCCUUUGCUGAGACAUGUGCCAGCAUUCUGAAGCCGACAGAUCUACCCGACAGGGUCACAAAUUGCAUGGAUGACGUUAAGGCUCUAGACAACUAUGACUUUCUCCAGUCUACUAUUGAUUCGCUCAGCAAACAAUGUGAAGAGUCAGCAAAAACAAGUACAAAUACAUCAUUGAUAGACGCAGUUAGAGACGUCACGUGUCCUAGCCAGUGCUCAGGGAAUGGUACCUGUGUUAAUGGUACAUGCGAAUGUGAUGAUGGGUUCCGGUCAGUUGACUGUUCUAUAGAUAUCAGUGUACCACCAGUACUGGAGCAGCUCAGUGUUAAGCUGUGUCAAUCUACCUCACAGGAAGCUUGCGCCAGUGUAACAUUAAGUGGAGAAGACUUUAUAAGGGAAGCAGUCUGUCAUUUACAAAUUGUUCAGAUCACAGAAACUGGAAUCGAUAAGACAGGCUCAGUGAUGAAAAAUGUUCCUGCAACAUGGAUUUCUGAUGAGCAAGUAACAUGUGACCUUACACAGUCUGGUUCCCUACCUUUGCAUGCAGUUCUUGUAUCAGUCAGUAACAAUGGACUGGUAACCAGUCAAAGUGAACAGCAUCUGUAUAUUGCUCACAACCCUGUAUGUUUCAGAUGUAGCCAGCAAAGCUCAACAGAAGGAAAUUGUACAAGAGAGCCAGCUACUUGCUAUGUGAAUGGUACAUGUUACCGCCCACUAGAGCCAAGCCAAUCAGAUCCUUGUUAUAAAUGUGAUGUGUACACAGAGCAGAUGAUUUAUCUAGUCUCUGAUGCUUGCCCAUCUUCAACCACAACUGAAAAGCCAUACCAGGAGAAUGAGACAGCAAGACAGAUGAAUGAUUCCCUCGUUAUAGGCCUGUCCGCUGGAGCGGCUGGUCUCGUCUUGGUCAUUAUAGUCAUUGUUGCCAUGGUGAUGUUCAUGAGACACCUGAAUAUGAAGUCAAAGGGUUCUGAUACCAAAGACUUAACGCAUCGUUCCUCGUCUAACAGAUCGAGCGAGGAUGGGGAAGGAUUCGGGGAAUUAGUGUACCCAGCAUUUGCCAACUAUGGUUAUCAAGGUUACCCGGGACAGGGAUAUCCGGCCAUGUAUCUUGAAGCUCCACAGGACUUGUUUGUAGACAACAUUCCAAAACGUCACAGCAGUCGGCAGUCGGACCCAACCCGGGACAGACACGACAGAGAUCAUCGUCGCAGCCGACACCAUCAGGAAGAUUACUACGACAGUCGUCAAAACAGCCAAUCUUAAUGACCUUGAAAAAAUUUUGACCAUGAAAAAAACUUUGAAGUUGACAGUGCAACUAAAAUGAACUGCUUAACAAAAAUUAUAUUGUGAUAACCAUAACACCUUGUAAAACAAAAUGAAUAUAUAUAUGUUUUGAUAGUUUUAUGUAAUUACAAUAAAUGCUCAGUUUUUCUAUGCAAUAGAUCUGUAGAUAGUUACUAACACAUUGUCUGAUAUCAUUUACAAUGGACAUUUAUAUUUAUCCCAGUGCUUAUUUAAAAAAAAUGCAGUUUUUUUAUAUCUAUAUAUCUACAUCUACUUACCCUUUCUAAGGCAGACAUUUAAACAGUUUUUUACAUCUAUGCAAAACAAGAAUUGACAAACAUAUAUGAAAUUAUAAAAGGAUUGAACAGUAGAUUUAACUAAAAUAGCUUGUUUCCUUGUGGAUGAAUUAUAUACAGUGAUUUUAAGCAUUGGGUAUGUGAAAAUGAAUCAUUGAACAAAAAAAACCUCGCUCUUUGAAUAAAAGUAAGACAUUUAAUUAAAUGGUGGUUUUCUUUGCUAUUUCAAAAGCAUCAUAAAAACUUUAAAAUUACUUCUUUCAGCUAACUAUUGUUUUGGGAAAUUUAAUAAAUUAUCUUGCAGAAAUCAGGUAAUGGUAAAGUUGUACCUCUGACCACUUUCCAAAUUUUAACAUUUUAAUAGUUUUUGAGAAAAAUAGAUUUAUACCUUAAAAGUAUGAAUGAGGCGCAUAAAGAAAUGAGUUUCCCCAAGCCUAAUCUUUUUUAUUUAGAUCUACAAGCAUUCUGGACACUGAUGAAUCAUAUAAUCAACAUUAUGAAACAUUGUAGUAGUAUGUCAAAAUCAUCAUUUAUAUGCAUUUUCAAAUAUAUUUUUUUCUGAUAUAUUUAUCUGCAAUACCUCUAUUUUACCAAAAAUACUAAAACCUCUGAUUAAAAGCUGAACACUCCUUUUCUACAUUUUAUAUUCUUACUUUAUUAAUAUUUUCUAUUAAAUUUGCUUUUGUUGAGAGCUUGCGGAUAUAUUUGUUUAUGACUGUUAAAGGGAUACUUGGGUAUUUUUUUCAUGAUUUAUCUGUAACAUAUACUCGGCCUAUUAAUGGAAACAAAGAACCUGUUUUAUGGAAUUAAAUCUUGCUAUCGUAGUCACUAUAUUGACUUCUAUGUGAAGUCGCGAAAACAGGUGACAAAUUGUCUGAUUAAUAAUCCGAACAUGCAAAUCUGGUUAUCUCAGACUUACCCACAGUAAAAAUGGAUUACAAUCAAAAACACCCUAGCUACUAGGAUGUCAUUUUAGCAAAUUAAUGAAAACUGCACACCUGUGUCAUCAAAAUAGGAAAUAAUCAAUUCAUUAAAAAAAGCAUGUCAGUAAACUAUAAGAAACAUGGAUUUCACAGUAAUUUAAAAAGGAUUUAAAUUUUUCAUGUGUGUAUCCCUAGUUUAUAUUGCGUGUGACAUAUCAUAUUUAGUAAUUGCUCAUUUUUGUUACUUCAUCUGCUGUCUAGAAUUCUGAUGAUUAAAAUAAAAACUGUGACCUUACCAUCUGUAAUAUUUAAAAUUUGAUUCAGAUCGGUUUUAACCUUUAAAAUUAAAAGAUUUAAAUUUUUGUGUCCAAUUCUGCAUAGGUAUGUUUUUAUUUGCUAGAAUAUGAAGCAAGUUUUUAGAACAAUGAAGAUUGAGCUUUAUCACUUCAAUGGAAAAAAAAUCUCUUUUUUUGUAACUAUUCAAAGAAAAAAGUAUCUAACCCUUUCCAUCAAUGAAUAAUUUAUCUGUCAGAAUUCGGCACCUAGCAGAGCUGUUAAAUGUUGAAUUUUCUGUUACUAUCAAGAUGCAUAAUAUUUCUAUAUAGUUUCUUUAAUAAAAAAAUCUUUAACUU